AUGAACCCCCGGCGUCCGGAUUCGUCCUCCUCCGGCAUGCAAUGGCUUAACCGGAGAGACAUGAGCAUCCGGCGCGGGGACGGCGUCACGCUGUGCCAGAGGGCUCUGCAGAUCGUCACGGACCUUUGCCUGACCGGACAUGUGGAUCUGGAAAAAUGCUCUGAUAUUUUUCCCCUGGAGAGCAGCAGCAUACCAGGUAAAGGACAUGCAGACAUCUCCAUCAGUCUCCUGGCCGUGGUAGUGGGCUUUUGCGGCCUUGCCUUGCUGGUGGUGUCGCUUUUUGUCUUUUGGAAGCUCUGCUGGCCUUUCUGGAGGAGCAAAGCACUGACAGCCAACGGCGGACACGACGGUCUCCAUGUCGCCUUUCCUGACUCGCCUACCCACAAUUCGCCACCCUUGCCUGAUAAAACGUCAGCGUUGGAAGAAAAGAAGCACUGGCCGGAAGCGAAGGCAAACUGCAGGAGCACGGUCAAGCUCCUGGAGGCGGCCAUGAAAAUCAGCCAGACGUCACCAGACAUCCCCGCCGAAGUGCAGACCACCCUGAGGGAGAAGCUGAGCCAUCAGGCCAAGAUCCAGAGGCAGACCACCGAGCCGACGUCAUCCUCGAGGCACAACUCAUUCCGUCGACACCUGCCACGCCAGAUGAACGUCAACAGCUUUGACUUCAGCAUGGACGCCGUGCCUUUCAGACAGUCCUCCACGACAAGUAUCGGCAGAAUCAAACCGGAACUUUACAAGCAGAAGUCCGUGGACUCUGACGGCGAACCCAGAGAACCCAUCGAGACUUGCGGCAAGCUCAGCUUCUCGCUGCGUUACGACUACGAGGAGCAGGCGCUGGUAGUGAAGAUCCUCAAAGGCAUGGAUCUGCCCGCUAAAGACUUCACGGGGACAUCGGACCCUUACGUGAAGAUCUAUCUUCUACCAGAGAGGAAGAAGAAGUUCCAGACGCGAGUCCACCGUAAAAAUCUGAAUCCCACCUUUGACGAAACCUUCUGCUUUCCCGUGGGUUAUGACGAGCUCUGCAAUCGAAAGCUUCACCUGAGCAUCUUCGACUUCGACCGCUUCACUAGCCACGACAUGAUCGGCGAAGUGGUGGUGGACAACCUUUUCGAGCUCUCUGACCUUUCUCGAGAGGCAGUGGUCUGGAAAGAUAUCCAUGCCGCAACCACGGAGACCGUUGACUUAGGGGAGAUCAUGUACUCGCUGUGCUACCUCCCCACAGCGGGGAGGAUGACUCUGACGGUCAUCAAAUGCCGAAACCUCAAAGCCAUGGACAUCACAGGCUCUUCAGAUCCGUAUGUAAAAGUCCACCUGAUUUGUGACGGACGCAGGCUGAAGAAGAGGAAAACAACAACCAAGAAGAGCACACUCAACCCAGUGUACAACGAGGCCAUCAUCUUCGACAUACCCCCGGAAAACGUAGAACAAGUCAGCCUCUCCAUUAUGGUGAUGGAUUACGAUAGGGUCGGACAUAACGAGGUGAUUGGCAUUUGUCGCGCCGGGCCGGAUGCGGAAGGCCUCGGACGGGAUCACUGGAAUGAAAUGUUGGCUUACCCGCGGAAACCCAUCACCCACUGGCAUGCCCUGGGAGAGGGGCCUGGAAGGGGUGCAAGCUUCGAGAGUCAAGGCUCAUGUACAUCACCCAAACCUCCACAGACGCCGUAA